UCGAAGCGGUACUACCAGGCGUUCGAGAACGCCAACCUGCCUCGGAUUCGAGAAGGCCUCGGCGUCGCUAGCGCCGGCGACGAGCACCCGAGCGAGGUCACCUCGUUCGCGACCCAGCACGACAGCGACGUUGCGCAGACGAUCGAGGAUAUCUUGCGCGCCUCGACGCAGCGCUCGUUCAAGCUCGGCGGUGCGUCCUCUUUUGGCUCUCUCGCACGGACCUCGUGCGCUCGACUCACGCCUUUCCCUCUCAUAGACGUCGAGCUCGGCGACAUUUCGGCACGCUGCACCGUCUUCUGGGUCGAGCAGUUCGAGGCCUUGCGUCGGCAGUGCGGCUGCGACAAGCAGUUUGUCGAGAGCCUGUCGCGGUGCUUCAAAUGGGACGCGGCGGGCGGCAAGAGCAAGGUCGACUUCAUGAAGACCCUCGAUGACCGCUUCAUCGUCAAGCAGCUGUCACGCCCCGAGAUGGAGGUCUUUGCCCGAUUCGCGCCGGCCUACUUUCAGUACAUGGCCGACGCUCUCUUCCAGGGUAAACCUACCGUCCUCGCCAAGGUCUUUGGCAUCUACCGCAUCAGCCUCGGCAAGGAGUACCGCAACGUCGACUUCCUCGUCAUGGAGAACCUCUUCUACGGCCGCCAGCUCAAGCAGAUCUUCGACCUCAAAGGCUCCACCCGCAACCGGCGCGCCGACGAGAACAACCCGGUCCUCCUCGACGAGAACUUGCUCGAGGUGUCGCUCAAGAGCCCGUUCUACGUCCGCGAGGAGUCGAAGCAGUUCAUCAAGCAGGCGAUCUUCAACGACAGCCAGUUUCUCUCGGACCUGAACGUCAUGGACUACUCGCUCGUCGUCGGCGUCGACGCCGUCAAGUCGGAGCUCCUCGUCGGCAUCGUCGACUACAUCCGCACCUACACGUGGGACAAGCGCAUCGAGAGCUGGGUCAAGGAGACGACCUUCCUCGGCGGCGCGUCGAAAGCCGGCGGCCCGACCGUCAUCACGCCCAAGCAGUACAAGCUGCGCUUCCGCGAGGCCAUCGACGGCUACCUCCUGCUC